ACCAACCAACCAAACAAACAAAAAAGCCUGAGAAGAUUUGAGGAGACCUGGGUUUGGGGCUCAGUGACAGUCACCAGCAAGAAGCCGACUGAAGGUUGCCUGUUGCGCCUCACCUUCAGGCAGCAACCGGCCACUGGCUGGAAACAGCACUGCAUCUGCCAGCAUCCAGUCAAGUCAUUGACUCAAGAACAUCAGAGCAUCAUUGCUGGGGACCAGUUAUGUCAAACCCAGUGGGCAGCGUACCAGAAACCACAUCGUAUGGGUCUCGGAUUGGGAUGACAGAGGACUCCCUCUCCAUCCUGGAGCAAAGCAGAGGCUGCGAAGACCCCUGGGAGAUGGGGGAAACCAAACCAAAUGUGGAAGCCCUGGAGCGGGGCAUGCCAGGCGUCUACCUCUCCUGCUUUGACAUGCUCCUCACAGAAGAUGCUACUUGGCUGGUGAAAGUUUCAGAGGCCUCUUCAGCACUGGCUUUACCCAUGAACCGCGUAGAACCCCGGGAGGAACCGGAGCAGUGCCCGGUCAUUGAUAGCCAGGAACAGGGGAUCUCUCCUGGCCUGGAGGGGCAGGAGGAGGAGCGAUCCCUGGAGCAAGUGCAGAGCAUGGUUGUGGGAGAAGUACUGAAGGACAUUGAAACAGCCUGCAAACUGCUCAACAUCACCCCAGAUCCGAUAGAGUGGAACACUGGGAAUGUCCAGAAGUGGCUGCUCUGGACUGAACAUCUCUACAGAUUGCCCCAUGCGGGAAAGGCCUUCCAGGAGCUGACGGGAAAGGAUCUGUGCGCCAUGAGCGAGGAGGAGUUUCGCCAGCGUUCCCCGCAGUGUGGAGACACGCUGCACGCACACCUGGACAUAUGGAAGUCAGCUGCAUGGAUGAAAGAACGGUUUUCCAUUGGAGACACUAAAACUACAGGCAGUGAGGAGCUUUGGUCUGAGGCAGAUUCAUCUUGCUCAGGUCAACCUAUUCAUCUGUGGCAGUUUCUCAGAGAGCUCCUGCUCAAACCCCACAACUAUGGACGUUGCAUUCGCUGGCUCAAUAAAGAAAAGGGUAUUUUCAAAAUCGAAGACUCUGCUCACGUGGCGAGACUGUGGGGACAACGAAAGAAUCGACCUGCAAUGAACUACGACAAGCUGAGCCGUUCCAUACGUCAGUACUACAAGAAAGGCAUCAUCCGCAAGCCCGACGUGUCUCAGAGACUGGUCUACCAGUUUGUUCACCCAGUAUGAGACUGCAAGCAAAGUGGGAGGAGAAGACAGAGGACGAUGAGAUGGGAACUCGGAAAAUUACAAAGACAAAUUGUGUC